GGGUUGUAGUAGUCAGCGAGGAAGAAGAACUCAACUUUCUCUUUGAUCUCUGUUGUGGUCAAAUCGUCGGAGUUGUGAUUGACGGCGAAUCUGGUGAUCGACGAUGGAGAACAACACGGACGUUUCGAUUCAUGAUUUCCUGGAGCGGAUGCGUAAACCCUCCGCCGGCGAUCUCGUUAAAUCCAUCAAAAGUUUCAUUGUUUCAUUCUUGAACAAUGAGCCAGACCCAGAAAAGGAUUCUGCUGCAGUUCAAGACUUCUUUUCCAAGAUGGAAGCUGCUUUCAGGGCUCAUCCACUUUGGUCCGGUUGUUCUGAGGAUGAACUAGACAGCGCUGGAGAUGGUUUAGAGAAGUAUGUCAUGACAAAGCUGUUUCCCCGUGUCUUCGCUUCAAACACCGAGGAUGUUAUAUCUGAUGAGAAACUCUUUCAGAAGAUGUCCUUGGUUCAACAGUUCAUUUCUCCUGAGUAUUUGGAUAUAAAACCAACUUUUCAAAACGAAACAUCCUGGCUGCUAGCUCAGAAAGAGCUCCAGAAGAUAAACAUGUACAAAGCUCCUCGUGAUAAGCUUGUGUGUGUCCUUAACUGCUGCAAAGUGAUUAAUAACUUACUCCUAAACGCUUCCAUUGCUUCUAAUGAGAAUACGCCUGGAGCGGAUGAGUUUCUUCCUGUCUUGAUAUAUGUUACAAUAAAGGCUAAUCCUCCACAGCUUCACUCAAACCUGUUGUAUAUACAAAGAUAUAGGCGUGAAUCUAAACUUGUUGGUGAAGCUGCCUACUUCUUCACAAACAUACUCUCUGCAGAGUCUUUCAUCUCAAAUAUCGAUGCGAAAUCACUUUCAAUGGAUGAAGCUGAGUUUGAGAAGAACAUGGAAUCUGCACGGGCACGAAUCUCUGGUUUAAGCAGCCAGCCUACUGCACCACCUCCCCCUCGUGAUGAGUCCACCGUUCAUAAAACUCAAAUGCUGAACCCCAAGAGAGAAACAACUCUUUUCCAGUCAAGAUCGUCUGAUAGUCUCUCUGGAACCAGUGACAUACUCAACGCCAACAGUGAAAUACCAGUGAAGAAAGUUGAAUCCGUAUCUGAUUUGGAAAACAAGGGUGCUUCAAGGCUUCUGAAGGAUACGGAGGCAAGCAAAAUCUUCCAAGAAUAUCCUUACUUAUUUGCAAACGCUGGUGAUUUGAGGAUAGGAGAUGUUGAAAGUUUGUUAAAUAGUUAUAAACAGCUCGUGUUCAAAUAUGUGUGCCUUUCCAAAGGAUUGGGUGAUGCAGCAACAACAUCUUUAGCUUCUUCAUCAAGUCCACCCUUGCAAGCUUUGUCCGGUUUUGAUACGGCUAAGGAACCUGAGGAUGAGCAUACAACAUUAUCUUCAGAUGUAAGGGAAACUGACAGGAGCGUUGAUGAUCUGGUGCGAGCUCUACAGAGUGAAGGGGAAGCUGUUGUUGAUAAGGUCUUAGAUGUAAAACAAGAAGAGCAUACAGCAGUUUUGGCAGAAGAACAAACAUGAAAAAGCUGUCACAAAAAUGAUUUGAUGAAGCAAGGUCCAAAAGAGUGAGUGUGUCAAUUCAAGUACACGGACCUGCAGGAGAUGAGAGAACCCAAUGAAUCAAUUUGUAGGAAACAUAGAAAAUGUUUCUCUUCUUGAAGGAAUGGGGCCAUCCGAAAAAUAACUUUACAAUCUUUUUUUUUUUUAAAUAAAAUUUUGAACUAUAUUUAAAAACUGUGGAAAGCAAGAAAGAUUAUUUAAAAGUAGUAAUUUAUGUUUUGCUAA